AUGUUUGGCAAGUUAAGCGCACCAACUAAGAACCAUGAUGAUGGAUGGAGUUGCAAGUUUGACUGGCUUAUGGGACUGGAGAGAAAAGCUUUUGUAUGGAAAGCUUAUAAGUACAAGCCAAUUGUGGAUUCCAUUAGGCCGAAAAGGGAGCAGCCCU